AUGACUCGCCGACCGCUCCUGCUGGCAGCCGUGUGCCUGCUCGUGGCUGCUGGCCCAAGCUUUGUCACAGCCCACGAAGAUGUAGAGGGAGUGGAGGCUACCCACAUCCAGCUCAAGAAGCAGAUCUCAGGUCUUAACUCCGAGAUCGCGGCCCUCAAGCAGAGCGUCAAGACGACCGAGUCUGAGCGUGACGCCCUGUUUCAGGAUCUGCAGCAGACCAACAACGUGCUGGCUGCGCUGCGCCUGGAGCAGGAGUCCUCCCCCGUCCCCGCCUCCGUCGUGCUCUUCUUCGCCAAGCUGCGCCCCCUCCAGCAGCAGGCCCAGGCGGUCUGGGCCGACAGGGUCCAGCCGCAUGCCUCGCUGGCCGUCGACAGGGCCAGGCUGUACACCGCCCAGGCCCGCACCUGGGCGGCGACCCGGGCCUUCCCAGCCUGGAACGAGGCGCUGCACAGGGGACGCGCCCUGGCGUCAGACCUGCACACCCGCCUGGCCUCCCACGAGACCCUGGGCGCGCACUACGGCACCCUGCACCGCCACGUCAGCAUCGCCGGGGCCAAGGCCCAGGAGCUAUACGCCCAGGCGGCGGCGCACGCAGCGCGAGCAGCGACGGAGCUGGAGACACUGCUCGCCGCCCAGCUGCGGCGUUACCCCAGCACGGCCCCCCUAGCGGUGAAGCCAUACCCCGCCGUCAUCGUCAAGGGUCUGCUCUGGCUCCCUCUGGUGGCGCUGGUCCUGUCCCUGCUUGGGGCCGGCAAGGGCAAGCGCUCGGGCAGGAAGGCCCAGAAUGGAACUCCUCGUUCGGCGAAGAAGAACAAGGUGGGUGAGCCCAAGGAUUGA